GCCACCGAUCUGUGCACGCUUCUGCUUGUCUGCGUGGAAAGUUGGAGGACUAUUUGUCACAUAUCUCAUGUGUUUUCACAUGCCACUUCCUGCCGGGUGAUCGGGAUCGCUGCCAACCCACCGCUCUAUGAAAAAGAAAAAGAAGAAAAGCAAAUAGCUGCGCGUGUCAUGAGAUCUCUCUGGGAGACAGAGAUUGAUGAGGACUUUUUCUUUUGGCUCGUUUCGUUGAUGCAAAAUAUCCCAGCUUGAGAAGAAGAGGUGUAUUUUAAUGUCAGUAUACUGGAUGAGACCGCGGCGCCGUAUCCUGUGCAAUAAGAGAAAUGGGGCUGUUACUGACCGUGCGCUCAUGUCUGUGAUGGCAGGUGGUGUCGCACGGAAUACAGCUGUUUUGUUUUAAAUGGAGAACUGCUCAGAGGGGAUAAAUUGCGUGCAAAGUUGUGCGGCUCUCUGCUGAGGGAGUCAUCCAGCGGCUUCCCCCCGUCCUCGAAUAACAACAUGAGUCCACGGCGAGACAUGGGGCCGCUCCGGUGCGUGGGACUCACCGCGCUUCUCCUGUGCACAGUGGUGGAUAGCAAGGUGAUCCUGGAGGGCCUGCAGAGGUACGGCCCCACGCCAAUCUAUCUGCCUGUCAGCUACCGGAUCCUCAAUGCCGAGUCAGCGUUCUUCCUGCAGGAGGCAAACCAGGAUUUAAUGAGGAACUCCAGCCUGCAGGCUCGCACAGAGUCCUUCUUCAUCCACCAGGCCCGGCAGAUGCCCUUUGUCAAUGCUAGCUAUGGGCCACUGUCUGUCCAGCAGCCUGUCCCCCUGGAGCUACUGCAGACCCUGCCAGGGCCAUUCAACACACCCUCCUUCACUACAUCAUCAGCGCCAACAUCGGCAUCAUCAUCCCCGCUCUUUACAUUCAACUGGAAGGUCCACACCUAUAUUAUCAGUGAGAGGAUUCACCCCAGUUGGCCAAAGGUUCAAGUGUUGUUCUACAUUGCAGGAAGAGACUGGGAUGAUUACAGCGCCAUCCACAAGCUGCCCUGCGUCAGGAUGUUUGCCUUCCACGAGACUCAAGAAGUGCGUGGGACUUGCAGGUUAAAAGGUGAACUGGGCAUAUGUGUUGCUGAGCUGGAGCCGCUCGCCAGCUGGUUCAGCUUGCCCACUGUCAGGCCGGGUAGGCAGAGAGUCUCUGAGCAAGCCCAGGGCACUCCUGUGGAGCUCUACUACAUGGUUCAAACCACGGACAGUGGAGACUGCAGCUCAGAGGAUUCAAGGAAGAGCAGCUCUGUUCGCCCAGACCAGCAAAGGCCAAUGGGCUAUUUCGCAGGGCAUACACCUAUGCAGCGGAUUGGGAGCGUCAGGCUGUUUCAGCCGCUGUCGGAGCUGAAGCUGGACAAUAACUUUGUGGUGAUGGCGCCCUCCAAACCCAUUAGGCAGAGAGAAACAGUCUCUACUUUUCUGGCUCUUUCCACACUUUCCUCAGUGCCAAUUUUCACCCUCAGGGUCAAGCUGAAGGACGGCGUGGCGUUCCUGGGAGCGCGAGCCAGUAACCCUGUGGUGUGGACAGUGAGUCAAGAUGUCAGGAGUGAAGGUCACAGGAUUGUCACCCUCCACUGUCGGAGGAAGGAGAACAGUUUUAGUCAAAGGGUGGAGGGAGCAGGCUACCAGCGUGUGCUGCAGGUGGACCUGGAGGUGAACGGGCUGAUGGUGACUCAGGGGGGGAGGGAGGUGACGUGGCAGGUGGAAUAUCCGCUCACCCGCACCCUGACCAGUGAGGUGCCGACACUCAUCCGCCUGGCACCGCAGGACCUAGGUGGCAUCGUGCCACUGGCGAUGGACACUGAGAUCCUCAACACAGCUGUCCUCAAUGGGCGAACCGUCGCUGUGCCGGUAAAGGUAGUCACCGUAGGAACAGAUGGAGCAGUCUCCGACGUAACAGAGUCAGUGGAGUGCAAGUCAACAGAUGAGCAGGUUAUCAAGGUGUCAGAGAGAUGUGACUAUGUUUAUGUCAACGGAAAGGAGACAAGAGGAAAGAGCAAAGUGAUGCUGAACUUUACCUACAGUUUUCUGAGCGCCCAACUGGAGAUGAGUGUAUGGAUGCCCCGCCUGCCUUUGCUCAUUGACGUGGCUGACCCCGAGCUCAGCCAGAUAAAGGGCUGGAGGGUCCCCGCUAGUAUGGGAAACAGAAGGUAUGAGAGGGUCACCGAUGACAAGGACGGAGAUGAUGUGGCUGAAGAGAGGACAGAGAGCGGCUGUGUAGCCCAGUAUCAGAGCACCACCCUGCGUGUCCUCACACACUUUGUAGCAGAUAACGGGGAAGUCAGAGGAGCGGCGGAGGAGGACGGGCUGGGCCAGCAGAACUUCCUGCUGGGAAGUGACUGGCAGGUUGAGGUGACGCAGCUGGUUAAGGAUUUCCUGAGGGUGGAGGUCCCGAAGGUCGCACAACUGCUGGAGGGCCAGGUCCUAAUAGGACUGAGUGCUGGCAUCACCAAAAUACAGGUGCUGUCCCCUCUGACAUCAUCUGUCCUGGCUGAGAGGAGCAUCAGGGUGGUGGAUGAUAAAGUGAGUGUGACAGAGCUGGGGGUGCAAUUGGUUUCUGGACUCUCUCUGUCUCUGCAGCUCAGCCCCGGGAGCAACAGGGCCAUCGUCGCCACUGCAACCACACAGGAAGUUAUUGAAUCGCUCAAACAGGAGGCCCUCAUCAGUGCUUGGCUUCAGUUCAGCGAUGGAUCAAUGACUGCUCUAGACAACUACAACCCUGCCCAUUUUACCCUGACAGCCACCUCUUUGGAUGAACAGGUGGUGGCAGUGCAGCGCAGUGCAGCAUGGAAGUGGCCCAUCAUUGUUGCCAAGGGGGAAGGCCAGGGUUUGCUUGUGCGCGUUGAAAUGAGCCAAUCAGAGGUGUGCCAGAAGGGAAAACGACGUACUAUCUUAGCCACUGGAAUGGCAAACAUACAGACCAGGUUUGGUCAGCCAGAGGAGCAAUACAGACAACCAGGGGACCGACGAACACGUCCUGAUCCUCCAUAUUAUGGCGGAUCUAUCGCUGACAUGGAAACUGGGUUAAUCAACCGUGGGGCCACUACCAUCAGGGGCCAUGUCCCAGUGAGACCUAAUGGGGGCCGUCUAUCAGCGGACAGCGGGGCCAGGGUCCCAAAUGAAUUCUCUGAAUAUCCAGACCAGGCAGAGCUGCCUCGUAGCCGCAGCACCGAUGAUGACUUGUUGCCGUCCCGACGAGGCCUGACAGACCUAGAGAUUGGUAUGUAUGCCCUGCUGGGAGUGUUCUGCCUGGCCAUUCUGGUCUUUCUUAUUAACUGCAUCUCUUAUGCAUAUAAGUACCGUAGCAAGCAACUGUCCCUGGAAGCCCCGGAGGCAAUGCCCCAUGCCCAUGACUGGGUUUGGCUGGGCCAAGAUGAGGGGCUAUGUCUGCAGCAACAGCAGCAGGACGAGCUGAGUGGUACCCUAGAGGAGGGUAGUCAGCUACUGAAUGGAGGCAUCCAGCGUGGUAAUACUGGCGUGGGCAGCUGUAGCUCGAGUGGGAGAGAUCACAGGAAUGAGUCGCUUAACUCUCCCACCACCAAGAGAAAGAGGGUGAAGUUCACCACCUUUUCCAACGUCAAGUCUAGUAAUGGAUGUCCUGUGCUCAGCCCAUUAGCACUAGUGCAGACCAGUGAGAUAAAAUGGGUAUGUCCGGACAUCGAGCUUGGGGACUCAAAGGAUCUUAGGAACUACAUGGAAAAGCUUAAUGAGAAUGCAAUUAAGAACAUUGCAUAGGGGGUGCUGGGUGUUUUCAAAUGAACUAAAGAGAAACUCACCUGAAUGCCUUCAGAAUACGGAGGGAACGAGGGUUGGAAGGAGGAAAGGAAAAAGGGAUGAAGGAAAAAGACUGGGGUGGCUGUUGAACUGCUUCUCACCAUAACAACAGGAUGCGCUUAGGCUCUGUUGUUUCCAUGACAGUACUCGGAAAGAGUAAAGAAAAGGACCACAACGAGACUUGUCACGACACCACAGCAUAGAUACGAAGGGGAAAAUGUGAACUUGAUAUUGUUGCUUAACUUAAAUGUAUGUUGUUUGUCUUUAAUUGAGGUUCAGUUUCCUUUUCUAUGCGCCAUGUACUUUGUUUUACAUUUUCUUUAUUAAUUCAUCAUGUUUUAAUGUUGUAUUUGUUGUACUUUUUUGAGCUUUUUUUAAGAGUUGCCGUAUGCUCUGUACCACACGUCAGCAAUUAUAGAUUCUAGGAGAGAAGAGUUAAAAGCAAUUUUGUAUUGUAUAUAAAUGCAGAGUUUGAUUUGGAGGUAUUAUAUGUAUAGUAACAUUUUGUAAAGUGCUGUUUGGUUUCAGUUUGGUUUUGUUCGUAGUUCAGUUUUUGUUUUGUCUCCAGAAACCGGAUCCAUGCAUGAUGUUAUUAAAGAGGAGGCAUGUGUGUCUGAUCUGGUACCUGAAAUGAAAGUGUGUAGAUAAUUAAUACCAAUACCUCUGGAGACAUGUCAGCUUAAUAUAAUUGCAUUCAUUCAUCCUGGAGCUCAGUUUUGGGUUGGUUUCGGUAUGUUGAUAUUGGUUUAAAGAAGUUUUGUUAGCCCGUACAUUUUCCCUUCUUACGUUAGUGUUAUUAUUUAUGCAACCCCCUUUGAUUCAGUUGCAUACUUCACAUAAAGUAGACUUUUUAAACUACUUUAAAUCCUGAUAUUACAAAUCAAAAAAGGCAUUUGUGACAUUUAACAGAAAAACCAUCAAGAGAGUCAAUAGACAAUCACAUAAAUAAUGUAUGGAUCAAUCCCUUCAUUUAUAAUGUUCCAUAAAAAUCAGUCCAGUUUACAGUUUGUAUGGCCCUAGAUGAAGAUCAGUAAACAAUCAGUCGUUAAUUUUACUGUGUAUGACAUUUUGGAUCCCAGAAAAAAAACACCAUUACAGUGAAUGAACAAACUGUGAAGUGAACGCCCAAAGUCCAACCUCUCUGCUCCUUUUGUCAUAUGUCAGCAUUAGUCAAGUCCAUUCCUUUUCUAUCUCUGUUUUAAA